AUGCGUAUUAACAGGCACGACUGAACUCGUGCAUUGGCUGGAGGGGACGUAGCUUGAUCCGCCUUUGUGUUUAUGAACCGCUUCCUCAAGCUUGUGAAUUCCUCAACAGUGGUAUUUUGAAUGAUAUUAUAUCUCUUGAGUCCAUUGGGCGUAGAAGUUCAUCCCGCUGCAAAAGGACUUAACCACAACGCUCUCACUCAUUUGUGCACAAAUGAGGCACAAUAGAAAUUGGACAUGUUGCUAUGGGUCUCAAAGUUGACAUGGCCUUAUCAGACACCACCUCCCAGAUGGAGAACAGGAGAUAUGGCAGGUGGAGGUCCAGGAUCCCAGAGUUUAUUCACAGUGGUCACUCCAAGCCACUUGGUCACAGAGCAAGUGAUGAGUCCAGGCCCGCAUGUGUCCAGGAGGUCAAAGAUUCAGACAGAGAGCAAAGUGGUUGCAAAAAGACAGUCACCAUGGCACCUGUUUCAAGGUAUAUGACGGACAAAAGCCUCUACGUCAUGAGAAAACCAUUGAUUUCCUCAACACAAAGCCAGAUGCCCAUUCUAAAGAAUUCACCCACAUUUGAAGACUCAAACAAGGAACCUCAUUUAACCCUCAAAGCAGAUUUCCUGGAAGAAAAGGAAAAAAGUUCAGUCAAGCAGUCAGUUAAAAGUAUUAAGGAUGAUUUGUAUACAUUCUCCCCACCAAUGUCUAGUGAAGACCUGGAUACCUCCAUGAACAUAUCGGACCUCAGGUUGUGGUCAUGUGAUGAGGAACCUAUUUUUAACACUUUAUCCAAUGAACACAGUUUGUCCAGCUCUCCUACAGCUAUUUUGAGCCUUACAGUACCUCAAGUGCCUAAGUUGACAUCCACUCCUUUGAGUAGUUUUCACUCGCCCAACCAUACAUCUUGUUACACGAGAAGUGUUAAGACAAGAGCAGGUGAGAUGGACAAAGGUAAAGAUACUCUCCUUAACAAAGGAUCUUCCCAGUAUUACAAUAAGAACUAUACGCAUGUACCCAAACACAUGUCACCUUAUCAGGCCAACUAUUGGGCCUGCGCCAUCCCAAAUUCAAUGCCACCCUCCCCAGACCGUAGAUCCCCAAGCUGGGAUCCUGAUAAGGAAUACCAAGCACUCCUUGACUAUACAUACCCUUUAAGACCCAACAUGGCUAACACAUGGAGUUCACCAGAGUCUCUGUUACAAACUGAACCACUGUUGCAAGACUCAGGCAUUGAGUUGGACCACAUUCACAGCUCGUCCAGCCUAUCCUGUCUGGACCAAUCCCAGACCUGGACUCGACAGGAAAGAUACAGCCCAACAAGAGGCCAAAGCUUGACUGGAGUACACAGUCUAAAUCUAAGGAAAUUAUCAUAUUCUAAGUCCUCGGAUGAUAUACUGUCCAGCAGCCUGUAUUCAUCACUAGACCAAACUGGCUUAUCAGCUGAGAAUCUAGACUGUGACAAGAAGCAUUACCGUAAAUUUGGUGUCUUCUCUACAUUCAGGUCAGAUCCCACUUUUAUCAGAUCAAAACACAUCCUGGCUCGCCCUGGAUCACGUGACGAGUGGGAUGAAGAGUUCCUUCGCCUGCCUGAACAGAUAAAAGAACUCAAUUUGCUUUCACAGCAACUGAGGGAUAUUAGUGCCCAAAUAAGCAAGCCAGUUACCACCAGCUGGGAGUCUCUGGGGAGUGAGGUUACUUCUGUCAGGUCACCGACAGUUCAGGUGGAUAAACAGGAACUGGUGGUAGAACAAAGUGGUGAUGAAGAUCGUCUCAAGGCUAAGGAUCAUUCACAGGAAGCAGGUGCCAGAAUCCAGGCAAUUAGCCGAGAAGUGAACAGGAGGAACCUGAGGGAGGUGAAAACUAUUAUGGAUCAACUGAGUGGAAUGUCCAUGUCAGAACUUCAAAGGACAAUAUGUGUAGAUCAGGUUGAAAAAGAGCCAGAGGAGUCACUCAUGCAGCACAUAGUGGUAUUUUGCUCAAACCUUGAAAAGUUGAUUCAGUGGCUGUAUAAGGUGGUAGAGAAGGUAGAGGUUCUUUCCCCUCCAACCGUUGACUUAGACAGUGUCAAAGCCUCCUUGGCCGACUACAAGAGUUUUCAGGAAGACGUCCACGCUCAUAAACCUCUUACGACAGAUGUUUUACAGACUGGAGAGAUGCUUUUGCAUUGCAUGAGCUCAGCUUCUCCUUUUUUGAAGGAGACACUGGCGCUAAUAGAGAGACAGUCUCAUACACUGGAGACACAUUCAGAGUAUCUGUUCUCCUCUAUUAUCUCAGCCAUGGACAGCCUCACUGACCCCAGGACACAGGAGACCUCAGAGGAAGUUUCUUGAUGACUAGUUUGAGAAAGAGGUGUGAAAACAAUAACCUAUCUGCUUUACUGAGACAUUUUUGUGCACCUUUUAACCCACAUAAGGACAAUAACCGCAAACCAUUUUAUACUUGAUCAACAUCUCUUUUGUAAACUUUUAACAUUUAUAUAAUGUCUGUAAGUGCUUUUAUGUUUGCAGUUUACUUGUAUUGUGAUCCUUCUUUUACUACUGAUGGACGUUUCAUUAUGUAUUUAUAAAUGCCAUCUUUCGUGAAAUAUACAUUUUUUAACAUAUGUCUCCCGUCAGACAUUAACCUAAGAUGGUCCACUUUAGUAAUACUGUUAUGCUGUGCUGAAGAUGUACACAGACAUUGUGCCAAUCAAGAUUUUUACCCUUUUAAUGAGAGAUUACCAGAGUCGUAGUUUCUCUUCUGAAUAGACUAUGCCUACUAAAGUCAUUUUUUUUGUGAUUUACCAUAAAAUGUUUUAACAUAAAAUCAUACUAUAUAAUGUAAAGAACAUUUGGUGAAAAUAUAACCUUGAUCAUAUUUAAUAUUGACAGAGUAAGGUCAUGUCAAAGAUUGAAAUCAACGUGAAAUCAAUAACUGAAAUUAAACUUUGAUGCUCCUACUCUCAUUAUUAGAUUUUGAGACUUGUCCUGGUUUUCACAGACAGGAUCACAAAUAAUCUGAUUAAUGGUGUCAUCAUUAUAUAUAAUAAUAUAAACUAGAAACCUGGAGCUCUCUGGUCCAAAGCCAAAGAGACUUAUAUUGCUUAAACACACAGGUAACAUCCCUUUUGUUAACAUUGUGUAUUGGGGUUGCUUUGCAGCAAGAGGAAACAAAUGGACAGGCCUAAUUUACAUUUUUAAAGAGCUAUUUAAGGCAGCCAGAAUGCUGUGGUGUUCAUACUUUGCUAAAUCAGUCACGUUCUUAAUUGAAUUUGUGUUAUUGAAUGGAUGACAAAAUGUAUUACGAUAGAUCAAAAAAAGAUGUAACUUUGUUUCUGUGUUUUGUUCUUACACUGAUACUUUAAAUGUAACAGACUUUCUUACAAUAAAGAGCCCCCUUUUCAUACAA